UAGCAUCGGAGUGACCGGAGUGCCUUUCUCGAUCUGGUUUUAAAAGUUAUUCUCCAGUUACUGUCAGCGAAAAGUUCAGCUCCGUUGUCGACUACCGACAUGGGAUCAACGCGGUCGAAGGCUGCCGGCGGCUGUAUCCCUCCGCUCGGACGUUAACCGGGAUGACAGGACCUAACGGGAUGGUUAGCCUCUCUCGAGCCCCAGGUCAGAUUUAUGUGCCACACAAGCUAGCAGGCUAGUUGAUACGUUGUGGCAACUUAAUUUACAAGCUGCUUGUCGGAGGAAAAAAAAAUGGCGCAGUUUGUGUUGGAGCAACUGUCAGAUUUCAGGGACUAUACUGGCAGUCAGGAGCUGACGGAUUUAAUCAACCAGAAUAACAGCAAGCUGUCAAAUGUUCGCCUGAGCCCAGAUGCUCGUCACAUCCAUGUCAUCCUCCGAAAACCUCAGGUCGGUCUUGUGACUUUUGACAAGUAUGAAAGACCCCUGCUGGUUCAGAACCAGAAGAAGCAGGAUUUGUGGCUGACACGAACAGUGCCCAUUGUGGAUAUUAUAUAUUUGGACCAUCACAACAGUGGAGGCUCAGCAGUAGUUGCGGUGGUUUAUGAGAAUGGAAAAGCUGAGUUCUGGGAAUUCCAGGAGUUUAAGUCUGGCUGGCAUCUCCUGCAGACAUCAGACUUGUGCAACAGCCCCCGAGCCAGAGUGGUGUCCGUGUGCGUUUGCUCCAAUCUUAUCAUCUGGUGUGAGGAGAGGCCGCCCUCAGAAAGCUCCCCGGCUCUCAGCUCCACCAGGAACAAGUUGAGAUACUGUGUUUGCAGACGUGACUUUGAGGUGGAGGAGGGCGCUGUCAGUUUAGGAGGGGUGAAAAUCGCCCUCCACAAUAAUCCUAAAUUCACCGUGGCCAGCUCAGGUGAUUAUGUUCAUCUUCUUCCUGACUUGAAAGUGAAGCCGCUGUUGACCAUCUCCAAAUUCUUCCUCACCUGGUCCCCUCACCACGACUCCUUCACGGUCAGCGCCACCUGUAAAAACGUUCCCCUGAAAAAGCUCUCAGCUAAGGAGUCUGACUUUAAGAAGCUGGUGACUGAUUGUUUGGGAUAUUUAUCGGCUCUGGAGCCCCCUGAGAUCUACAACUUCUCUCCUACAGCCUGUGGAGGCCUUCUUCUGCUGCUCAGCACAGGCUGGCUGUGUCUCCUGCAGAAAGACGGGACGCUGCGAAAGGUAUACAAACUGGCAGACAAUUGUUUGGUGCAACAUGGCACUCACACCAGCCUGUGUAUGUACCAGGAUACUGUGGCACUACUGAUCGAGCAAAAUCUGUAUCUGAUUGACUUGAACUGUGGCAGAGAGCUUGAAAAGACUGUGUUGAAGAGAGAGGGGUUGUUAUAUGCAAACAGGGCUGAAAGACAGACGCCUCACCUGCUCUCUGAAACUGGACUUUUUGUCGUCGUGAACAGGGAGACAGACUCCAGGGACUGUAACGCCAAAAUGAAGCCUACUGGUUUCAGUACAGUGGAGGCUAUUCAUCCUGGAGCCCUUCUGGUGGAGGCUGUCUUUGAAGAGGCUUGUAAAUACUACCAGCAGAGGAGUCUGAGCAGCACCCAGCUCACAGUGGACAUACUAAAGAAAGGAGGCAGAUUCCAGGCUCCCAUCUCUUUAGCCUCCAUCCUCAGGAACUACCUCAACGCAGGGUUGAGGCAAAAGGGAGCAGAGCUGUCCCAGAAUGGAGAAGGUGGAUGUAUGGCAGGACAAGAUAAGCUAAUGGGCUCUCUGGAGGCUGAGCUCAAGGCUUUGGUCUCUCUGGAGGAGCUGAAGGGGAGUUUAGUGAGGGGAGGUGUUAAAGAGGUGGAGGCUGUGUGUGAGAGUCUAGUUGAGAAAGAAGUAGUGAGGCUGCUGUCCUCUUCUGAGCUGGAUAAAGAGGCUCUGCUCUACCUCAACUCCAUCUUCAGCAUCUUCCCCUGUCAGGCAUGGAGGGCAGCACAGGCCGCUCUACAGCUGCACUACAACGGGGAGGGCUGUCUGUCCAGCAGGGCUCCCCCAGACGUCUGGAAAACUGUCCUCGGUCCUGCUCCGAGUUCAUUAGCCUCCCUCUCAAUCACAAACGGCGGGACAAAACACAAUCACAGCCUUAAAGAUGAUCACAUUGCCAACUGUAAAGCCAAACCUACAAGCUCCACUUCCCCUGCUGCCUUGCCUGUAUUUGAGCUCCUCUGCCAGUCAGUUUUUCACUUCCAGCCCAGCUGGCUGCCCAGGCUCCUUGAGCUCGCCCAGCAGCAGCAGGGCUCUGCAGGUUUGGGCCUGAGCCUGGCCUCUUCCUCCUGGAGCUUUUCCGGCAGUAGAGGAGGGGAGGGAGGGGAGAACAACGUGCCACUCUAUAAACGAGCACUGUGCCUCUUGUCAAGCUUAAACCCAGACCAAGACCAGCAUCAGGACUUAGAGGUGGAGCUGCUGCUGGUCAGCGGGCGGCCCAAUGCCAUCCUGCAGGCACUGAGGGUCCUCAUGGGCAGGCGGCAGUGGGAGCGGGUCACCCAGGUGGCCCAGAAAUUCUGCAAACAGAGUCCGCUGCUCAACAAGGAGAUUUUCACUACUCUGUUGUGUGAGGUGGCUCAUCACAGGGACCUGGAUCCCUACCUGGAACUGUUGUGGACGCUCUGCCCAGAGGACUUCACUGUCACCAACAUCCUUAAUUUGGUGCUGAAAAACCUCCCCUCUCCCAACACGUCCUCUCAUUCCACUUCUUUCUCCAUGUCCAGUAUGAACUCCACAUCUCCUGCUCCUUUUGCAGACUCCCAGAGCAGCCAGCUGACCAUCGGGCUGUUGAAGCCCCUGCUGAGAAAAGUGCUGCAGAGGGAGACUAAGCCUAGUCAGCGCUAUGCAGACAUCCUCCAGUCACCGUUGUUCCCCCCUGCAGCUCCUCCUCGCCAGCCUACUGUGCAGGCAAGCACUGUCACAGAUUCCAGCACGGACUCAGCUCUGUGCAACAACGUCGCCCCGACUCCUCUUGCACAAACACCUGAACACCAGUCGUCCUCACAUGCAACAAUUCAAACAGCCAGACUGGCUCUACCUGCGAACCCAGUUUGAUUUAUAUGAAAAUGAACAAGCACGGACUAAACAGAGAACAAAGCCUGUCUCAUAAAACAUUCCGCACAUAAUCUGACCAAAGUGUGAAUCAGUGUUGACAAUCAUAUUAAAACAGAAUGAUAUCAGUGUGUUACAAAUAUUGUAAGUAUAAUGCGACUAAUUGUCACAUUUGAUAGUGUUUUUGAACAGAUUGCUGAUGUGAGUUGAACAAUGACUACUAGUUGCUAUAAAAUGACUUGUGAAGAUUCUACCAAUGUAAAUACUUGAGGUAAUUUUAAGUCUUAAUGUGUAUAUACUGUAUCUGCAAAGUUAUUUAUCUCUUAAGCCUUAACUGCAUGUGGAUGAGAAUGUUCUUGCAUUUAGUAGCCUUAUCAGGAUACCAUCAGAACCUAUUACUAUACUGUGUUAACACAACUGCUGCGUCAGAGAAGAAGCUACAGAUCCUUAUUUCUGUGGAUUAGCAUAAUGAUUUGGGGAGAAAAAAAGAAAACAGUGGCUGCCUUUAAAAUGGAUGUCUGUAGCCAAGUAUAGCUUCCUUUCACUUGCUGAAGUGUGUACAUGCAGUGGGUAAUCUGCUGCUUGAACAAGUUGGCUUUUGUGCAUGUGAACGUUUGUUUAGGUGAGAUUUGGUAGGGAAGGGGAGGGGGUUGAAAGUCCCUUUACUGACUUUUAGUUUCUCAUAUGGCGUAUUAAACAUUAACCAGGUUUUGAUUGGCUUAACUGGACUAUGUAACGUCUGUAAACCGAACCCUGAACAGUGUGCCUGUCCACCUUUUGGCUUGUAUUUUUCCAUUCCUGUUGUCCAUUUUUCUCCUUCGACUCCAUGUUGUCCGCUCUGCUCCCUCACAGGACAUUCCAGACAGGCUGCCUACUAAAAGUGACUCACAGUUCGAGUUUAAAUUCAAUUUUCGUGGUAAUUCUGUUAAGAUUGGAGUGUGUGUGGGAUGUAUUGUGACUAAUGCAGGCACCCUGCUGCUUGCAUAAGGUCACGUAUGUCCUCCUUUGUGGACCCAGUGAUGUUAUUACAGAUGAUAGAGCCUCUGUCUUCUUGCCCCUGGUAGCCGUGCUCUGAAACUGAUUGCACUUUCAUAAUUUACCAGUCAGUAUUGUUUGUACCCUGCUUUUGAUGCAUCUGUUGAAAUGAAUGUUCCCUGAUUCAGUGCUGUAAACAGGGCUAUAUUUAUGUGCCUAUGGUGGUUGCUGCCUUUAUUACCCUUUGAGCGAUCCAUUUAGCUUGUUUUGCUCAAAGUGUUUUUUUGUGUAUAAAUGUGCAGCCCUCUGCUUAUUUAUUUUCUAACAAUCUUUAAAUGACUACUAAAAUGAUAAGCCCGGACCCACUGGAUGGUGAGGUCCUGGGAAACUCAGACAUCUCAUAAGUGUUCGGUGACAAUCAGACUCUAAAAUGCUGCAGAACAAUCAGAGUGCCUUUCACGGUGCUGCUCUUCAUUUACAGGGCAGUGUCACAUUUCCCCGCUGUGUCUCCUCAGCUAUAUUCUGGAGAAAGAACUGGAGGCGGAUGUGUUUUCUGUAUCAGAGUACAGUGGAUUUGUUUUGUUUUUUUAAAUGCAAUCAGCUCUUGAUGUGUGGAUCAGCUAAUAGCCUCUUCAAUCAAAGGCUCAUUUGAUAUUUUAACUUCAAUAUGAAGCCCUCUGAUUUCUCACACAAGUCUUAAUUUACGUCUUUCCAAGAUGUGAACACUGACAGACAACAGGAGAAUCUGUGCAGCUGUGAGUUUCGCUGCGUGUUAGGCGCGUGCCAGCCAAUCAGAGAUUCUCCGGGAACUCCCUGACUUCCUCAUAAAGGUCGCACUCAGCCUGAUAAUGUCUAACGACUGUUUGGAUGUUAAAUAUUAAUUUGCCUUAAACUUUUGCUUUUGGUUGCUCUUAACAAAUAGGAAUUCCUCUUGGAUUUGCCUGACAAAGCGCCAUAUCUGCAAUGUAACUUUGUUUACGUUUGGUGAUGCUCACUUUAAGGCAGUAUUUUAAAAUUAAAGACAAUGUAUAAGUAUUUAUGGACAGAUGCUGUACGCCAUUAAACUGAAGAUAAAACCUC